AUGUCUUCGGCCGGUUCGGCACGGGCUUGGAGGCUGCUGAGAAAGCCAUGGAACGACUUCGACCCGCAAGGCUGCGGCAGUGGCGGUCAGCUCUUGGAGAUUGCCGCGCUGGCAAGCCGCAAAGGAGUGUCCUGCUACCUCCGCGGCGUCACCGCCGAAGCGAAUGCCGUCCCAGAUGCGCUGUUGGGCAAGGUCGUCAACCUACUAGCGCCCACCGAGCCGGGGGAUGCAGAGGCUCCUUCCGAGGAACACGCGGACGAGGCUGUGGACAUGAAGAUGUACCAGGGCUUCCCACUCGAGAGCUUGGCGGAAGUUCGCGAAGCGGACUUCAUUCGCCAUGGCGUCGCGUUCGACCUCAUCCUCUGCUCCUGGACGCUCUUCCAUCUCUGCGACCCUCUGGGGACUCUGGAGCAGCUGGGCGGGUGCCUGGGUCCGGAGGGGCUUCUGCUGGCCAAUGGCGCGUAUCUGCACAUCGAGGCUGCCGGCCACGCGGCGGGGUCAGUGGGUGCCUUUGAAGCCUUCUGCGCGCGGCUCGCCCCGGCCCUGCAGUGCUGCGUUGAGGGCGAAGACGUACAGUUCUUCGAAGAGGAGCCGUCGGACGAGCAAGGCCUGGGUGACUUCCAGGGCGGCUUCGAAAUCAGCCUCUCCCUCUCCGGAAACGCCUCCACGAUGCUCUCGGAGCACUGCGCGUUUACCGGCGAGGUCUUGGGCCAAGCUUGGCAUCUGGCGUCUGGGCCACAGUACCUGGUUGCUGCCUAUCGGCUGCGUGAUUCCUGA